AUGUCAAGCAUCACUGUCAACGAAGCAACCCUCACGGAAUUACUACAGAAGACCGUAAAGCUGACUAUCUCCAAUGGGUCAUCGUUCAUUGGAAAUAUUAUAGAGGUCCACAAUAUCUUCUGCGUCUUGGAUAACGUUUAUCGAGAGACAACUUCGACUGCGCUUGAGAUUAUACCGCGCCCCGUGAAAUUCAAUUAUGAUCUGAUCACAGAGAUGAGUCUAAUAGAUAGGACAGUUGACGCGGCCCACGGGCUUCCGGCGCUCCCAAAUGCAAAUAGCCCUGCACAUGGUGGAGGAAAGUUCUCUUCUCAAAGGCCUCAAGGGUUUACUUCUGAGAGCAAUCGCUCAGAAAGAGAUGCCGCCGGUGGGAACGUUGAAGAUGGCGAAGAAGACCUAUUUGGGGACUUAGACUUAGACGCUGAACGUGAACGGUAUAAGAAGCAGUUAGCCCAGCGAAACUUUAUUACUACAGGUGCCCAGCCUGAUGAGAGCUCCGCUCCGCUUUCGUACGAUUCUAAAAAGAGCUUCUUCGAUACUCUGACCGUGCAGAAGGGAACACGAAGGAAUAAUAAUAAUGGAGCCAAUCGUUUCCAAGAUAAUAGGCGCAGUGAUCGCAACGAAGGAAGUGGCAGUUCUGGUUCUAAUAACGUCAAUAACAGGAGAAAGAACGAGCAACACAGGGGGCACGACAAUGAUGGCGGAUAUCGUAAUAGAAAUCGUAAUAGACAGCAGAGCUCUGCUCAAGCAGAUUCGGAAUACAGGCAUCGUGGCACAGGCGGUAGGCCCCCGGGUCGCUUCGCCAAUGCUACGUAG